AUGCCGAGAGCAGGCAAUCCCGCGCCUCGCGUAAUCCGUUAUGAGAGCGACGAAGCGCUCAUUAACUCUCUUGGCUUCCCCAGCAAAGGUGUGGAGUACACCGCUUCGCGGCUCCAGCAGGCGGAGCCGUUGCUGAACGGUACACCCGUGGUCGCCAGCGUCUCCGGCCGUGCGCCUGACGAAAUCCUGCGCUGCCAUCGGCGCCUCGAGCCUCUCGCCACCGCAAUCGAAAUCAACAUCAGCUCGCCGAAUACACUGGGUCUGCGCAUCUUCCAGCAGGCAGAUACUCUCAGGCAGCUCCUUGCCCAGAUCAACGAACAGAGGCGCAAGCCCCUGUUUAUCAAGCUCCCGCCAUACUUGGAAACGCCCUCGAUAGGCAGUGAGCAGAAAGACAUGGUGUUCAGCCUUGUGGAAGUCUGCGUAGAGCAGGGUGUUGAAGCCAUCACGAUGGUCGCCGACAUCCGGGCUGAGACGGGCAGCGGGUUGGCAAUCAACGCCUGCGGUGGCAUCUUCUCGGGUGAGGACGCCCUUGCCGCAAUUCAGGCUGGCGCAACCACCGUCCAGAUUCUCACAAGCCUCAUUUACCGCGGUCCCGGCAUCGUCAGGCGAAUCAACGAGCAGAUGCUCUCACUCAUGGACAGAGAGCACAUGCCCGCGCUCACUCUACUGAUAAGGCCAAAUUUAUUGCAAUCUUCGUAA